AUGCAUCUCAUGUAUACCCUCGACAGUGAAGGCAACCGCAUCUACACAUUGAAAAAGGUGCUGGAUGGCCGGGUCACAAAAUCUGCCCAUCCCGCCAGAUUCUCGCCAGAUGACAAAUACUCCAGACACCGAGUUACAUUGAAGAAACGAUAUAGACUACUCUUGACGCAACAGCCUGAACCCAAAAUGUGA